AGAGGUAUAAACACUGCUCUAUAAAACUUCAUUGAAACUACCUGGCUGCAUAAAAACUGAUCUCCGGCGCUAUCCUUGUAUUUCCCCAGACUCGAGUUUCGUAUUUCGAAAUUUUUAAAAGGCAAUCGUUACGUCAUAACCCGGACCGUGAAAUGGAAGAAGUCCUGGCUAACGAAUCACCAUCUGCGCAACAUUGCGACCACAUGGAAAGCGUGGACUUGAUCUGCAAAGCUGUGGCCAAGAUCAUAAAGGGCGAGAUGGCAAAGUUAGAAGAUGAAUUUAUUAGUGCCUUGUGGCAAUUUUGCUCUGGAUUUGAAGAUAAAAAGAGACAGACGGACGAAUUCACUAAAGAAGUCGAAGACGAUAACAAACAGGAACCUCAAAAAUUUGAAUGCAACAGCAAAUCAAAGCGGGACCAGAAAAAGACAAGAAAAGAAACUAGAAAGAAGAAUCCUAAGACUGUCUUUGUCACAAAAUGCAAAAAAUACUCGUUUCAUACUGAAUCAGUACAAGAAUGGAUGAAGAAAAUAGAGGCUACUUAUGGUCCCCAGAAAAUCGAAGUAGUCAGUUAUAAAUCCAAAGAAGAUCCAAAUUCUGGCACCAUUAGGGUGUAUCUCACUACUGGAACGGUUAUGAUAAGUGGUUCAGACAUUGCAAAUAUUAUAAAGUGGUUUGAAGCUCAGACCAAUAAAGCUCAGACCAAUGAAGCUCAGACCGAUGAAGCUCAGACCGAUGAAGCUCAGACCGAUGAAGCUCAGACCGAUGAAGCUCAGACCAAUGAAUCUCAGACCAAUGAAUCUCAGACCAAUGAAGCUCAGUCCGAUGAAGCUCAGACCGAUGAAGCUCAGACCAAUGAAGCUCAGACCAAUGAAGCUCAGACCAAUGAAGCUCAGACCGAUGAAUCUCAGACCAAUGAUGCAGCAAAUCAGGAAUGAAACAUUAGUUAACCCACAACCUCAAGUUCUGCCACGCACUACUUUUAAAAGGCAAACUGAAAUUUAAUCUUUACUGGCAUUAAUAUCACACUUUAAGUACAACUUCAAUAAUCAAUUUUUGUUGUUUUCUCAAGUUUUCUUUUUCUUCUGUGUGUUUGGUGGAAUUCUUUAAUAAAACGGUGGCAUUUCUUAAUGAUUAAAUGAUGAGCUUUAUGAUCCUAAAUAUCUAUGGGGUGUUUUGUGCACUCACUGAGCAGGUGGUAGUUUGAGUCCCUCUCAUAUUUGAAGGUCAGUCUUCCAUAGCUGACAUGGUUGAGAUUCUUCAGCCACUCAAAAUAAGAUACAGUCACGCCACCAGCAUUCAGGUACAUGUCCUGCAAGAGAAGACCUCAUGUAGUCAGACAUCUGCCCCUCAGGAACAUUUAUUCCUCUGUAUUUGGAUUUAUAUGAAUAAAUUACGGUGUUUUGCAACAAUAUGUCUAAGAUUUGAUUGUCAAGGAAAAAUGAUUUGAUGUGAAAUAAAGAUACUGGAAUGAACUUGUUAAAUUAAUAUUGUGACAAGGAUAAUCCAUAACAAUAAAAGAGCAAAAAGAAAGAAAACUUCUGCUUUUUAUUGAUGAUUUUAGCAACUUUUCAGUAACAAAUAACUACAUAACUAGGUAAAAAAGCUAGAAAACAUUACUGCACUUACAACGUUAAUCAGCACAAGAUUUCUGAAUGUGAAUGAAAAGAAAGCUGAAACUGUGAUAUUUAGUAAAUCUGACCAACUAAAAGAUGCAGACAGUGUUCUUGGUCUACUGCCUCAUGCUAAAAGUCUUUAAAUGAUCAUUGAUAAUUCUUUUGAAUCGAUCAGCAGAUCAGCUCAGUGGUAAGAAGUGUUUUUUCAUUUGAGGAUGCUUAGAAAAGGUCAAGCCCUACCUGCCAAAAAAUAAAAAAAAAGAUCCUUAAAAAUGAUUGAUUUACUCAUUCUGUCUCGGUUAGACUACUGCAGCUACCUUUAUAAUGGCUUAGAUCGGUCAUCGCUUCACUACCUGCUGCUCGCUCAGAGUACAGCUGCUCAUACGCUUGCUGGGAGGAAACCACGUGAUCAUAUGACUCCUGUGCUUGCUGCUCUUCACUGGCUUCCCAUUAUGUUUAGGAUACAGCUAAACCAGCAUGCUCCAGUCAGAGUUCUGUGGUCUUCUACCCAGUUCGUCCUGGAGGAUCCAUUUUUCAAGCUUAAAUCCAGGGGUGACAGAUGUUUUGGUCUCCCUCCUUCACAUCAGAACUGCUUGGAAACUUUCUGGUUUUAAGUCUUUGCUUAUGACCCAUUCUUGCACUGACUUUUAAACACAGUUGAGCUUACACUUAUUUAACUUUUUAUUCUUGCUUUAUUGUGUUCAUUGUUUUAUUUGUUUUUUAUUGUUUUAUAGUUUUAUUUUUAUUGUACAGCACUUUGGGUGACUGGGGGUGUAAAUGUGCUAAAUAUAUAAACUUGAACAUAACACAA